GCGGGCCGGAAGGCUGUGUGCCCUCGCAGGAUAUGAUGGGAGAGUAGGAGAUAUCCAUCAUGGCGGCUUCCAUCUCGGGCUACACCUUCAGCGCUGUGUGUUUCCACAGCGCCAACAGCAACGCAGACCACGAAGGAUUUUUGCUGGGAGAGGUAAGACAAGAGGAAACCUUUAGCAUCAGUGACUCACAAAUCAGCAACACAGAAUUUCUGCAAGUAAUUGAAAUCCAUAACCAUCAGCCUUGUUCAAAACUUUUUAGUUUUUAUGACUAUGCAAGCAAAGUUAACGAAGAGAGUUUGGACAGGAUUCUUAAAGAUCGGAGAAAGAAAGUUAUUGGGUGGUACAGAUUCCGGCGAAACACGCAGCAGCAAAUGUCGUACAGGGAGCAGGUCAUCCACAAGCAGCUCACCCGCAUCCUUGGAGUGCCCGACCUUGUCUUCCUUCUCUUCAGCUUCAUCUCCACUGCCAACAGUUCCACUCAUGCUCUAGAAUACGUCCUCUUUAGACCAAACCGAAGGUACAAUCAGAGGAUAUCCCUUGCUAUUCCCAAUCUAGGCAAUACUAGCCAGCAAGAGUAUAAAGUGUCUUCAGUGCCAAAUACUUCUCAGAGUUAUGCCAAAGUUAUUAAAGAACAUGGUACUGACUUUUUUGACAAGGAUGGAGUAAUGAAAGACAUCAGGGCAAUUUAUCAGGUUUAUAAUGCACUUCAGGAGAAAGUACAGGCAGUGUGUGCAGAUGUAGAAAAGAGUGAGCGAGUUGUUGAAUCCUGUCAGGCAGAAGUGAACAAAUUAAGAAGACAGAUCACUCAGAGGAAAAAUGAAAAGGAACAAGAAAGAAGGUUGCAGCAGGCGAUGAUAAGCAGACAGACGCCCUCUGAAAGUGUGGAACCAGUAUGCACCCCUCGGGGGCCCUGCUCUGAGUUUGCAGUGGAAGGUAGAAGUACACUUGGAGAUGUAGAGGCCUCUGAUCCUCCUCCCCCUUAUUCUGAUUUUCACCCAAACAAUCAAGAGAGUGCCUUGAGCCAUUCUCGCAUGGACACGAGCGUCUUUAUGCCUCGACCUCAAGCCGUGGGUUCUUCCAGUUUUGCUUCCACCAGUGCCGGACUGAAGUAUCCUGGAAGUGGAACAGACCUUCCUCCUUCCCAAAGAGCAGCUGGAGACAGUGUUGAGGAAUCAGACGACAGUGAUUAUGAAAACUUGAUUGACCCUACAGAGCCCUCUAAUAGCCAGUACUCACAUUCGAGGAAUUCUCGACUCAUGCCACAUCCUGACGGGGGCUCCAGGAACACUCAGACCUCCCAGAUUUAGCUAAACAAAGAAACUCUCCACUUAGCACUGUUUUUCUUAAUCGCUUAUUGAGAGAGUUUUUUGAGGACUUAAUCUGGGGGAAGAACUGCUUUCUCAGACCCAUGGACUCCCAAGAGGGGAGUCCUUGGGCCCAGAACUUAUAGGAGCCUCAAAUCCGCAGGUCCUCACCUGUGGACCCAGCGUGCAGGUUUCAGGACAGAAUCAUUAAGAUAAUCAAAUUGUCCUAAUUCUGGUGCGAUUCAUGGAUGUACUGGUAAAUUUAGGCAAAGUGAAACUUAUUAUAGUUUCUGUUAUUUAAAAUAAAUUGAAAAUUAGAGACUAAGCACAAUUAGUCUAUAAAUGUUCUGUAAAUCAAAACCUUACCUCUUGCACUAUCAUGCCUUGAAAUUUACUUUUUCAAAGGGAAAUGAGUUUAGCAGCAGCUUUCAAAGAACCUUCUUUCUAUGGUGAGCCAAAUUCAUCUUUGCCAGAAAAGAAAUUUUGAUAAUUUCAAGAAGCCUGAUUGGAACAAAUUGGAUGUACCUUCUCUUGUCUGCAUGACUUUGUGAGAUCAAAAGAGAGGGCUUUCUUUCAACUUUUUUCUACUAGCCUGAUAUGUAUUGUCACUUAAAAUGGUUGCCUUUAAAAAAAAAAUGUAGAAAUACUAAUUACCAGUAAAUAAUCAUCCAAAUAAGUAUAUCAUAAAAUAAAGUACUGAUUUUUCUUCCCGGGAAUUACAGUGACUUCUCUGUUGCAGUGGCCACAUGUAUGGCCUUAAGUGAAGUCUUAAGUGAAGGACACACAGCCGAAAGGAAUUCUGUUCCAGACAUGAGUUUAAUAAUGAACAGAUUCCAGACACAGUGGAUUUAGCUAAUUGCGUACAUAAAGGAUAAAACUCAUUUAGAUCUUCUGACAAAUCCUAGUGUUAGUUUUAUUUGUGGAGGAAAGACAUUUAAUAAGCUGUUCAGGUAUCAUGGUGAAUAAAGUUUCAUUUUGAAUCUCAAUAACCAUACUUUUUUUUUUUUAAGUUGCCAUCUGGAGAAUAGUUGUGGGAUGUGUGUAGACUGUCUGUUGAGAUGCACUUACAUUGUUAUUUAAUUACUGCUUGUUUUCUAGUUUUGCCCAGAAUUUGAAACCACUGAAGAUGUUGCUAGCAUGUUAGGUUCCUGGUGUGAAAACGACAAGACCCAGCAUUUGUGAUGAGGUCAGCCCAUGAUGAUAAUGCUGUGGAAUAUAACUGCCUUUCCUUUGGACUAGUUAAUAUCUGUAAGAAUAAGCAAGUUGUUAAAGAGACUUAAAACCCAGGUUCUGAAAAGUAGAUUCAUUGUGUAGGCGAGAAGUUAACUCACUGAGCUCCAGAUGCACUCUAAAUUAAACAACAAUGUGGACUGAAAAAUGAAAUGCUGAAACUGCCAUUCUUCAGAUAUCUACUCCAUGGGCUCUGUAUUUUAAUAUUCUCCUGAUUUUGUUGGCCUUACACCACUGCCAUUUGAUUUGAAAUGUUGCAGACCACUUUAUCUGCAAAUGUUUUCCAGUUCCUAUCAGUUACCCUCUAGCAGCUUCAGCACCAGUGUGAAUUUGUUUGUUUGUUCUUUUAAGUGCCAUUGCCACCUCCUCUGUUCAGAUUCUGACGUUCAGGAAAAUACUUUUAUUUUUAUGCCAUACUGAAGCCUACAAUGUAUAUCUGACAAAGCAGUUAAAUGUGACAAUAAAGACUUAUUUAAUCAUG